AUGUCCCAAUCUGCCUUUACACCUGCCAAGGAUAGAAAAUACCACGAUGUGGAGGGUGCAGCUUAUAUUCUCCCUGCUGAUCAGGAAGAAGCUAGCAGUGACAUCCCCGUGCCUAGACUGAAUGCACAGUAUCUUCUUCUCAAGGAGGUUUUCAAUGGUACCUUCUUGUAUGCGCCUAUGAAUGUUUCGGAGAAUGACUGCGUCUUGGAUAACGGGACUGGCACUGGCAUCUGGGUCGCGGACAUACGCGCGGUCGUCCCUCCUACCGUCUCCAUCUACGGCAUUGACCUCCAAACUCGACUAGCUCCACCGAACCCCCCGCCUAACACUCACUUCCUCCAAGGUUCCUUCCUCGAUCUCCCCGCCGACUGGACGGGCAAGUUUGCGCUUGUCAACCAGCGCUUGAUGGUUGCCGCGCUCACGCACGAUAACUGGAAGAAGGCCAUAAGCGAAAUAUACCGGGUGCUCAAGCCGGGCGGGUACGUCCAGAUCCUUGAGGCGGCUGGAGGGAUCUUUGCGCCGGAGGGCGAGACGGACGAGCGCAUCGAGAUGUAUAAUAGCAUCACUGCUCUGAUGCGCGCCCGUAGAGGAAUUGGCAGAGAGCCUUAUAUGCAGAUUUCAGGGUUGUUGGAAGCACAGGGCUUCCGCGGCAUCGUGAUGGAGGAGCGGCGCGUCCCGCUGGGAAAUGGACAUGAGAGGAUUGGAGAAGGGAUGUUGCAGAACUAUAAAGGCCUUUACCAAGGCUACAAGGCUCCCGUUCUCGAAGCUGGCGGGCUUGGCUUGGUGACAUCGGAGGUGGAAUACGACGAGCUCGUCGAGGGUCUGGUGGCGAGAUGUAACGAGAGGCAAGGCGUUGAGACGAGGUGGUUUACGUUUUAUGCUCAGAAGCCGUAA